UAAAUUACCCCUGCAAUCUGGGCCCAUGUUCAGUCAGAAAGCCUGACUGUGUUUGUCCCAUAGCAUUUAAUCUUCCUUAUCCACCCCACCCAGCAUCUCCAGGCUCAUGUCAAGGGGAAAUCAGAUACCUCUCGGGUCAGUCUAGGGGAUUUUUCGGGCCUCCGUCAUCGGUUUGGUCUCAGGUCUUGCUUGGAGCUACCCAGCGCCGCCGCAAACUAAGUAGACCCACAGCCAGAGUCAUCAGGGAGACAGGAAGUGGGAGACCUAGUGAAACAAUCAGCAACUCCAAAGGGGCACGCGCAUUCCAGGGGAAGCGUCCCAGCUUCCUGACUGAGCGCGCGCAUCCGCUUUAGGCUCAGGUUGGUCGGCUUGAGGGGGCUCCGGCGCUAACAGCAGCUCGCGCUGGCUGGCUGGGUCCAGGCACUAGGCGCUCUGACUCACACCGGGCCCUUAUUUUGUGGUGGAAAAAACUCUCUCGCUCGUACACGCACGCAGUCCUCCGCCCUGCCUGAGGCGCAGAGGCAGCAGCAGCAGCAGCAGCAGCAGAGCGGAGAGGCAGGAGCAGAAUGGGCGAGAAUUCCCCAGUUCCGAGUGUGAGGAGACAGAGGAGCAGGAGGAACAUGUCAGCACCUCAGCUUUCCUGGCCCGUUCCCAUGAGGGCCAUCGGGGCCCAGAACCUUCUGACAAUGCCCGGGGGCGUCACCACAUCCGGAUACCUCCACAAGAAAGGCGGGAGCCAGUUUAGUCUCAUGAAAUGGCCCUUACGCUACAUAAUAAUUCACAAAGGAUGUGUGUACUACUUUAAAACCAGCACCUCCGCCACACCACAAGGGGCUUUCUCACUCAGUGGUUACAACAGGGUUAUGAGAGCAGCGGAAGAGACAACAUCCAGUAACGUGUUCCCCUUCAAGGUUGUGCACUUCAGUAAGAGACACAGAACCUGGUACUUCUCUGCAGCCAGCGAGGAUGAGAGAAGGAAAUGGAUGUGUCAUUUGAGGAGAGAAAUCGACCACUAUAAUGACCGCAGAGACACCUGUGUUCCGAGUGACUCAGACUCUGAUGCGGAGAGUUUCUAUGGGCCAAUUGAGUGUCCACUGGACAUCACCCACACUGCUGAGAAUCCUGAAGGUGAUUACCUCCUGGAAGAGGACUCCGAUGAAGAGGAUUACCUGAAGCCUGAUGGACCAUCUCCAACUUCAGGUCGACCCAUUGCGCCCCCUCCCUCGUACCCCCCUCCUCCCGUGCCCUACCAUCCUCACCCAAACUCACUGUCCGCUUUCUCUAAGGGGCCUCCACCCACACCUCCACCCAUCCCGAAGAAGCCGCCCCCAUCCUACCCUGUGCCCACCCCAUGUAGCCUACCCCCGUGCUUUCCCCCGCCAAUGCCCCACGCGCCAACGCCCCCCGUGCCCAAACCCGCGGCCUUGCGGGGCCCUCCCCUUCCAUCCCUGGACAGCCUGAAGAAGCAGAUCAGCACACGGACGGCCUCCACUAUGCCCCUCGUGGAGAGCCGGGACCGGAAGCUCAGUCCCUCCGAGUUUGCUCCAGCCCCGGCCACACUUCCGUUCGUCAAGAAGCCGCCCCCCUUCGCUCCGCCCAACAGACCCCCUCCUCCUUCCGUAUCCAACCACGCCCUCCUCCACAAGCCCCCACCUCCCAUGCCCCCUAACCUAGGUGCGAAGCCCCCGAGCCAGCCGCCCACCACCUCGCCCAACCUCUCUCUGGUCAAACCCAAGCUAACUCCUCCUAAACCUCCUCUUCCGGGCCAAGCCAUGCUCACUCCAAGAGGACCUUCACUGCAAAGAUCGUCUCCAGAUGGGCAGAGCUUUCGCUCCUUGGGGGACGAGAUGCCUGGCGUGGUGAAGAAGCUAGCGAAGCUGAAGAGGGGAGCGGAGGACGACUCUGACGACGACUAUGAGAACGUGCAACUGCCAGAUUCAGUGUUUGUGGAGACAACCGAAACCAGCAUUGUUGAAAGAAUGUUUAAAGAUUGGUGUGGUAGCUGUCCGCAAGAUGGACUUUACUGCUUCCGCAAGUCAGGAACUAAAACAUCCAAGGUGCUUGUUGUGUGGGAUGUGAGCUUAAUAAAAGCAAGGAACUACAGACUCUUUGAAGAGGACUCAAAGUUCUUCCUGGAGACGGACUGCACCUUUACCUCGCUGGCCGAACUGGUAGAGUACUACCACGGUCAUCCGCUUCCCAACCACGGUUCGCUCUGUUUGCAGAAGCCAUACGGCUACACUCCACCCAGGUGACCUCACCUAUCUGCCUGCAAGGGACUCAUGUCACCCACCAGUGAUUAACUGGCUGCCUGCCUGUGUACAGCGGCUCCAGACUCCCAUGCCUGGAGUCAAGCACCCCCUGCAGGAUGAGACUUGUCACUACAGAUGCCCCCCCCCACCAUCACCCAGUCAUGUGGGAGGACACAUAUAAUGUCUGUGUGUGUGUGUGUGUGUGUGUGUGUGGACGCUGCAGGGACAGAGGAAAAGGAUAUACUGUUAUGUUCGUUCCCUCUGAAUACCCACAUUCUCCGCAGUGGACUGAAGAAGGGUCUGGAAACUGCAAGUGGCGAUGAAUCAUGUCAGAUUUGUCGUGGGGUUGAAAAGGCCAAGGGCUCAAAUGCCAAGGCAAUACAAACUGCGGUUGACUGCCUUGACUGGACCCCGUUAAAAAGGUUGAGCUGGAACAGAUGUUCAAGAAAGACAAAGGAAGGAGCAUUACGAGGACAUCACAGUGUUAAGUUGUUUGAAAAUGUGUGUGUUCUUUGCGUAUUUGAAACGCCGCACACAAGAUAACAGAUCUGCUGAGGGGUAACGCCUGUAGCUCAUUGAGAAAUGACUUUUGAAUAGAGGGGACAUUUAAGGUGUCCUAUAUAUUCAUAUCAGAAGGACGCUAUCUAUUCUGAGUUACAGGUUCAUGUACUGACACACACUCUCCUGUAGCUCUGCUAGUGGAGCAACUUGCAAGUAAUGCCAAGGUCAUAGAGUUCAGACACACAGACACUGGUAAAAUGUAAACAUACUUUGUACUGUUAUGUAAAUACAUGCAUUUGUAAGUGUGCUAGCAAAACAGUAUGUACAUUAUUACAGUAUAUUUUAAUAAUAAUAUUUGUAAAUUAAAGGAUUUGUAUAGUAAA